AUGUCGGCUGCUACGCAAACAUACGAAGAACGUGCCGUGAAGCAUACGAAUGCUUGUGCGAAGAGUCUGCUUGAGACCAUUGCUCGGAAGCAGUCGAACUUGUGUGUGAGUGUGGACGUGACGACGAAAGAAGACUUUUUGGCCGUCGUCGACGCAGUUGGCCCGUUUGUGGCUCUGAUCAAGACACACAUUGAUAUUCUUGAAGAUUUUGACGAGGACCUGAUUGAAAAGCUCGCACAGCUAAGUGUGCGCGACAACUUUUUGAUCUUUGAAGACCGCAAGUUUGCCGAUAUCGGAAAUACAGUGAGCCUUCAGUACGCGGCUGGUGUGCAUCGCAUUGUGCGCUGGUCGCAUAUGACCAAUGCGCACCUCAUUUCUGGCCCUGGCGUCAUUUCUGGACUGGCUUCCGUCGGCCUUCCUUGGCAGCGAGGUCUCCUGCUGCUAGCAGAGAUGAGCACAAAGGGUAGUCUGACAACAGGUGCCUAUACAACUGCCAAUGUUCAGGCUGCGAUGCAGGACGAGUCGCAGUUCGUGUUUGGCUUUAUUGCUAUGCACCGGGUGCAUGAAGACCCUGCCCACAUACCACCCGACGCCACGCCUGAGCAGCGUGCGAAAGACCUGCUAAUCCUAACGCCUGGUGUGGGUAUGGAUGUUCAAGGCGAUGGCAAAGGACAGCAGUACCGCACACCGCAGCAAGUCAUCAAGGAAAGUGGAUGUGAUGUCAUGAUUGUGGGUCGUGGCAUUUACGGCGCACUUUUGAAUUCUGAUGCGCCUCGUUCUGAGGCGAUCGAGCAAGUCAAAGCACAGGCUCAGCGCUACCGUGAGGCCGGAUGGCAGGCGUACUUGGAGCGUGUGCAGCCGCGCAACACACAGCACUUACGUCGUUCACGUCGUGGCAUUCGACCCCUUCAUACAAAUACAGCCACAGUAGUCGCGGCGACGGCGUCUCGGGCUCAAGACCACCAAUCCAGUACGCCAGACAUGCUGAGUGUGAAACGGGAAGCCACACCACCAAUGCUACCUCUUUCCCAGACGCGAUCAUCGCCGGUGAAAAAGAUCAAAAUGGAACUUACUGAGGAUGAGGCACAAAAGAUUCAAGUGCCUCGGCGCUGGCAGGAGGUGUAUGCGCUUCUUUCGAAGGAGCGGCAGCAUAUCAUCACGCCCGUUGACACCAUGGGAUGUGAAGAGAAUGGUCAGGAAGAUCGACGUGCGGAUCGUGGACGACGUCGUGCAGAUGGCACAGAAGAAAGUGACGAUGACAAGGCACGUCGUUUGCGCUUUACGACCCUCGUAAGUCUGAUGCUCAGCUCGCAGACGAAAGACCCUGUCACAGCCGAUGCCGUGUAUAAACUGCAGACGCGAUUGCCUGACGGCUUGACGCUAGUAUCGUUACGGGAUGCACCUCCUGAGCAAAUCACCGACUGCAUCGCGAAAGUGAGCUUUUAUCGGCGCAAGACCGACUAUUUAAAGACGAUGACUCGUAUACUCGAAGAGAAGCACCAUGGUGACGUACCUCAGACAGUCGAUGAGCUGUGCGAGAUCCCAGGUGUCGGCCCAAAAAUGGCAUUUCUUCAAAUGCAGAGUAUGGGCUUGAAUGUAGGAAUCGGCGUCGAUACACAUGUGCACCGAAUAUCGAACCGGCUUGGUUGGUGCAAGACCAAGACACCCGAGCAGACACGCCUUGCGCUUCAGAGCUGGCUUCCUAGAGAUUUACAUGGUGUGAUUAACAAACAAAUGGUAGGCUUUGGCCAGGUGAUUUGCCUGCCGGUAAGCCCACGUUGCGAUCUAUGUUAUAUUGGUCAAGCAAAGCUGUGUCCAUCGUACAGAAGAGUGGAUCCUAAGACAGUGGGCAAACGAGUGCCAGUUUACUAUGUGGAUGGAACCGUCGAUCGUGGCGACGGCCGCGUACCUGUUGAUGACCAGAAAACGCAUGAGAAUCCAACUGAUGCUGCUAUUGAAGCUGCUCGAAAAGACAAGGCUCUCGAAUGGUGA